AGCAAGCAUACGAGGCGGACGUGUUGCAAAAUAGUACGAAAAUUAUAAAUUCGUGCUCAUAGUAAACUAAACUUAAAGUGUGUAAACAAAAGUUACAAAUCGUCUAAGCACCAAAAGUGAUAUAAGCUGUUGCUGAGCUCGAGUCUCAACUAAGGACGCCCUCUUCACCCCCUCGAGUAAGAGAGACAAGCUGCGAUAAUUCGUCUCACUCACCACACUACGCCACCGCGCUAAAAUGAACGUACGUCACUCACCAAAAAAGGGACCAAUUAUGCGCGAUGAAAGCGACUGCGUGAUAACAACACGUUCUGUUGCUGUCAGUGGCAGCGGAUCGCAACCCGAUUUGAGACAACUUAAAUUGCAUGAUUCGGAACUACAGCAAGUAACUUUUCGACACAAAAGAAAGCACUCUGAAGAAGACCUACAUGCUAAAUUCGAUGCUUUUGAAAGUAAAGUGAUGGCAUUAUUGACUACAAUGGCAGAAUCCCAAAGUGAAAAAUUGAAUACAAUAGCACAAGAUGUGUCACUAAUAAAAUUCCAAGUAGAACAAAUGAAAUUAACAUCAAUUCGUCUAGAGGAAGAGCAAUGCAAAUUCAAAAAGGAACUCUCAACAAUAACUAACUUUAAUACGGAAACUGAAAAUAGAAUAAAAGCCAUAGAAAGCAAAGUUGAUACACUGAAGACUGGCACCAUGAGUUGGACUCCAUUAACUGAUUGUGACGAUUUGAUUUCUGAAGUUCAAGAACGUUAUCAGAGGGAGAAAAACCUGAUCAUAGUUGGUAUAGACGAAAUAAUCUCUAAAAGUUUAGAAGAAAGACGCAACCAUGAUAUGUCUCAAGUCAAAAAUGUGGUUGAGUCUUUUGGACUCAACUGUGCACAACCUAAUAAAGUAAUAAGAAUCGGCAAAUUUGACAGUAAUAAAUCUCGACCAAUAAAGGCUUGUUUUGAAACAUCAGAAACGCCGAAACUCAUUCUUCGAAAUAAAACAACCUUCCAAAAAGACCCCAAAAUUAAAAUUUACUCAGAUGAAACACCAUAUCAGAAAAAAGUGAUGCAAAAGCUGAGAGAUGAAUUGAAACAACGAACUGAAGCCGGUGAAAAGGAUUUGACUAUCAAAUUCAUCAAGGGUAUCCCAAAAUUGAUUCAGGCAAAAAACUAACAGAAUCCGCUAAAGCAACUCAAGCCGUGAACGAAACAAUAACUUAUGACAUCGUGAGCAACCAUACAAACCUCAAGCAAAAUAGUAAAUCACUAAAGUUCCUCUAUGCAAACAUACGGAGUAUCGUGAAGCCAGGAAAACUAGACGAGCUCAGAUGCAUCAUUAAUUCUACGCCACAUCAGAUACAUGUUAUAAUAUUAACAGAAACCUGGAUAAAAUCUGAAUCAGAAGCCCAGAGUAUACAGCUGCCGAAUUAUACCCACUAUUAUAAUUACCGGAGAGAUGUGUUGGGGGGUGGUGUUUCGAUCUUCGUACACAAUAACCUUAAUCAUAGUUGCAUUGAUGAACUUUGUGAGAAUGACAACCACUUCUUGUGGGUGCACAUAGGCAAAUUCUCCUUGGACAUAGGUGCUGUUUACAAACCUGAGAGGACCAACAAUCUUAACUUUCUUGAAUCCUAUUCGCGGCAGAUGCUUAAGCGAAGGAGGGCAUUAGUAUUUGGAGACUUUAACUACGAUUUACUUAAAAGAAGUAAACCCACCAGAGAUUACCGAGAAAUGUUAAAGGAGGAUGGUUUUAUUAUACUUAAUCAAAUUGAUCCCAAAUAUUGCACACGAGAGACAGCAACUUCAAAAACGAUCCUGGACCACGUUUGCUCAAACAUUAAAAAUAACACCUUUCACUUAACUAUUAUAGAGUCGGUAAUAUCAGACCACAAGCACAUUGCAUUGGAAGUGAACAGAUUUGAACCAGAGAGGACCAAGAGAGUUGAGUAUCAAGCCAUUAAUUAUAGCACACUAUUUGAUGAAUUAAAGUCCGUGAAAAUAGACGAGUGUAAUGGUGAAUAUGAGAAAUUAGAGGAAAAACUACUUGAAUCUGUGAGAAGAAGCAAAAUAAAUAA